AUGACUAUUGCCGAGGGACAAGCACUUCAGGAUCAGAAAGAUGUGGAAGAGCAGAUAAUGCAAGAAAAUCGGCAGACGAGAGGUCGGAAGGCAAGUGAUGGAAGGAAAAUUCGGCGAUGUGGUGUGUGCGGCCAGUCCGGCCAUAAUGCGCGAACUUGUCAGAUGGAUGGUUCGCCAGCAUCUCCGAUCCUCUUCCUUCUCUGUACCGAGCCCAUUUACAAGCUAGGCUUCCAGCUAGGACGGUUUGGCUACGCGGACGACACCGCCAUCCUCGGGACCGGCCGGACUCUGAGAGAGACAGCAAAGCUCGCGACGGCUGAUGUGCGGGAACUCAUCUCCUGGGGUGCGGCGAAUGGCAUCACCUUUGACCCCGAAAAGACAGAAGUGAUGCACUUCAGCCACAAGAAGGACGACACGAGCCCGUCGGUAACACACGGCGGUAUUGCCAAGGUUCCAGCAGAAGCGAUCCGCUGGUUAGGGAUCUGGCUGGACAAGAAGCUGACCUUCCGAACACACAUCGAGAAGUGGGCGGCUAAGGUGAAAAAGGUGGCAGGCCACCUACACGGCCUCUGCAAUACGAAGCAUGGCCCUCUCCCGGUCGCAGUCAGGCGGGCGGUCGAGGCAUGUGUCGAGCCCAUCCUGCUGUAUGGCAUGGAAGCUUGGUAUACCGGCACUGAGAGCUACACGGCUUGGCACGGCACGAAGAAAGUUCGGCCUCAGAUUCAGCACCUGGUCGACAAGCUCGACCCCGUCCUCCGCCGGGCCAUUCGGGCCAUCCUCCCCGUGUGGAAGACCACGCCGGUUCCGAUAUACCAUCAGGAGAGCGGUAUCCCUCCCGUGCCCUUGCUUCUUGAGGCCCGACGCAUUCGAUUUGCAGCACGCCUGAAAUCCCUGGACUUGGCCCAUCCGCUGGCCCAGCGUACAGACCUGACACCGAUCGUACGCGCCGUCAAACGGUCCUGCCAAGUAAGAGGAGGCGGCUUUAAGACUCGACUGGAGCGGACGGCCUUGCUCCUUUGCUCCUUCCCGAUUGUCCCCGACCGACCCUGGUCCAAGCCGACGAAGAAUAAGGAUGAGUCGGCGGCAGAUUUUCUCAAGUGGCUCGAGGGAAGUUCUUCCGACGAGCUCGUCGUCUACUCAGACGGCUCCCAGCUCCCAGGCGGGGCCACAGGAUACGGAUACGCAGUCCACCAAAACAGUGUGACCAUCUGCGAAGGAUCUGGGCGCCUUGGCCCCGCUAGUUGGCGCGCUCGAAGGCCUCCGCGCUGCCGUCAAGAUCCCCGACGCAUCGGACAACCCGAUCGUGGUCUGCUUAGACAAUCUAGCUGCGGCCACCUGCCUCCGAGGCACAGCAUCGGAUUCAUCCCAAUCGGCCUUCGUCAAGUUCCAAGAGAUCACCGCCGCACAUGGCUCCAUCCACGUUCGCUGGAUACCGGGCCACCCCGACAUCCCGGGCAACGAGCAAGCCGACUCACUCGCGAAUGCAGGCUGUGCCCUCCCAGAACCCCCAGACGCCAAACCAACCCUCGCGUACAUCCGCAGGGUGGCCAAGAAACAAACCAAGGAAGCAUUUCAGAACGGCCAAGAAACAAACCAAGGAAGCAUUCCAGGCGUGGUGGCAAGAACAUAUGCCGGAGAAGUACAAAGAGCUGA